AUGGCGAAUGCAGCACUCUCAGGCGCCAGCCCAGCUGCCCUGAAGCAGCUCGAAAAGUUGCAGAAACGUCGAGAGCAACGAGAGCGAGAGCAUUGGGCUGUGGAAAAGCAGGUAGUGCGGCUACCUGCCAGCAGCGGCGCGCCCCCAGCUAUCGAACUCGAGGAUGUGGAUGACUUUUUGCAAGUAGUGCUGGAUCAUCGCAGGCUACCGCCAAAUGAUAAGAAUCCUAGCUCGCUCUGUGUGCUGGAAAGCUUGGGCACAAGUUACAGUUCUCCCACCUUUGGGCCUGGCGUGGAGAUGAUGCGUCGUAUCUAUUCGGAUCCUGCAGCUCUCAAGGAGCACAGGUCCAGCUUUCGACGCAAGAGAGGUGGUUCCAAAUGGCGAACGCGGAGCAAUCCCAUUGGGCAAACAGUUCCAGCAAAUGCUCGGUAUCAGGAUGUCUUGCCUCAAUUGCCUCAGAUUGAGCCUGAACUGAGUGCACUGAGUGCACUGACUGCACCGUUGGCUUUGCCUCAUUCAGCUUCAGCUCCAGCCGGUGGUGUUUUCUUCCAGACCGAGGUGGUGGAGGAACGAAAACCCAGCAAACCCACAGUAGUGAAGACCUCAUCUUUGCCAGUCGCAAGUCUGCCAAGCAUCAAAAAGGCGAACCCGGGAAGCACGGGUAACAGCAAGGAAGGAAAGUCAGAAGAGCUGUCUGAGAUGUCCACCACCAUCGAGUGGAAAGCCUCUCCUUCUGAGUCCAUUAGCCUUGUAGAGCCUAGUGAUGAGGUGCAAAAGCAGCAAGCACCCUCACCACAGGCACCGCGAGACAAAGAUGACAAGAAGAUCCAAGCCCAGCGCUUGAUGAAGGCUUUCCACAAGGCUGUGGAUGGAAGAUCAGUUCUUAUCCUUACUGACCAGUCUGACGUACGGAAGUCCAUUUUGCGAAGUCUGAUGUGUGCAGUCAACGAGAUGUCCAUUUGCUUCACCUGUUCCACGGCAGACUUGUGGAAACGCCUUCAAGGCAAAGAAGUCUUCCACGCUCUCCUGGUGGAUUUGAGCAAGGCUGAUCUUGAAGUAGAAGGCCUUGUGAAAACAAUCCGUGCAGAUCCGCAGUAUGGGAACUUGCCUAUCAUAGUGCUGUCACAGGAGCGGGAUUUGCCUGACUUAGUGCGUCAAAGCUGCAGCUUUGUGGUUUUCCAGCCUAUCAGCGCAUCUAUGCUGAGAGAAGCUCUCCUGUGGUGUUUCAACCGCAAUGCGCUGAAGCAUCAAAGCUACUAUUGGCCAGCACAAGCUGCGCCACUGAAGCGCAGCAAUUCAAAGGCACCGAACUUGACGAUCCGAGCCAGGCAGUUGAAAAACCGAUGA